GAUGAGAACGCGAAGUCGGACCCCAGGCGACGAACGCUAUCCCUCACAGGACCCACAGCCCCAGACGGCAAGCUCAAGAACGACCGCCAGUCUCGCUCUUCGGGUCUCCUUCGACGAUCACUUCUGCGAGCGUCGAACUCGUCUAGUUGCUCUCGUGAUGGACUCGGCGACUCUAGGGAUGGAGGGAAGGAUGCCAGGAUACCCCCACGACGACGAACGCUGCUAGGCAAGCAGCGCGGACCUGGGAUGGCGACGAGCCUGUCGAUGCCUGACGCGAUAGCCUCUUCGUCGGAUGCUGGAAGAUCACCGCUGGACCUCUCCUCGAAUGCUGCGCGCGACGCCUUACUGUCAAUCGGUGAAAUGGGAGAGAUCGCCGACGCGCCCGCAGGCGAGAUGAUGCACCUUUCAACCCACCCAAGGGAGCCCACGCCUACCAACGCCAUAUCCACCUCCGCCUCUUCUAAGAUCGUCCCUUCGAUUAUUCACCCGCAGAAGCAGCUCGACGACCUGCAAGCCGCCAUACGCGACCUACGCUCCGACAAUGAAGCCCUCCGCGCAGAGAUCGCUCAGCUGAAGCUCGAUCAGAUCAGCUCCGUCUCCGCUUUAUGCUCCGAGAUCGCUCGAUUGCAAGCUACGAUGCUCUCUCUCAAGACUUCUCUCGCGCCCUCUGGACUGCCGCGUACGCCGUCUGGACUCCCCAAUACCUUGUCUGCUCUGCGUUGUGGGCCAUCCGCUCUGCCCUUCACGACGUCCACGCUUGCCGCGACAUCGUCUGCUCUUCCUGCAGCAUCGUCCGCGCUCGCUACAUCAUCAAAUGCCCUUGCUCCGACGAUGCCUGGUCCUCCAUUCGGGUCUUCCGCAUCUUCCUUUCCCGCCACAGUCGCGCUAUCCUCAUCGUUACGCCAACCACCAAGUCAGCCUUCUAGCAAGCUCCUCCGCGCGCGGGCGACUCUCCUCGCCGCCGAGCGUGCAGAAGCGCUGCUUGCGGGUCUUUCGGAGGAGGCUAGGCAGGCUGUACGGACAGAGUCUAGGCGGGGAGUACGAUCGAGCGCUCACGCGAACUCCCGGUUAUCUGCGCUGUUCUCUGCCUCCGGGUCGACUUCGAAGUUGCCUAAGCAGAUCGAGCAUGAACGACCGCUCUCGCUCAGUCGUAAUGAAGCUGUAGACGCGCUUGCAGCUUCCCAUGCCAUCAUGGAGCUUCAGCAGCUCUGUGACCUGCACGGCAACUCGAACCAUGGUUCCUUCGACUCAUUGCUGUCGGAGGAUUCGCGCGGGUCGGGAUCUGCUGACUGGCACAUCAUUGAUUCUAACGCCUUGCGCGCCUUGGAUUCUGACGGCUUACGUGCUUCGACCCCAAUCUCAGCCGACACCGUCUCGGUCUACAGCGCAAGAGGCAGCAGCCCGGAGAAGCUCAGCGUGUCGCCCCUUGCCACCCUUACGGCGACGCCAUCCUCGCGGUCUGACGUGUCUUUGCGGACAAAUGACCCCUCGACGGUGGAGCCACCGGAUGCGCCGUCGGGUGUGCACCCGCUUUCGCUCAUUAAGAUUCCUUUGCCUUCUGAUAUCCUUGCAUCUGCUGAAGGAUUGUCUCCCGCCAAUCACUCUGAAACCACCAUUGAUAUGGCCGCAAAGCCACCCUCGCCUAUGGUGGUGCCGCCUCACCAGCGUCUGGUGUCGUCGAACUCGAAAUCCCGAAUACCCAUCCCGCUUGGAUGGCGGCGCUUGAACUCGUCUUCACCUCCCUCGCCGCCGCUUUCGUUGACGACAUUCGCGCCAGGAUCGAAAUCGUCUAGUCCCGAUGGCAGUGCUGAGCGCGAUCAUACGGAGAGGAUGAUGGCAUCGGGUAGUGCAGGUAUUGCACCAGGCAAGGGUUCACGGAUGUCGGAGGAUCAGCGCGGCUCGCCGAUGUAUGGUUCAGUCGCGCUGAGCGGCGUUCCUCAACCUUUCUAACUUACGUUUCGAGAAGUACGAUGCGACCUCUGCAC